AAACCCUACUGUCUCUCUCUCUCUCUUUUUGCAUUCAAAACUCUCCAUCAAGGAAUCAUGCUUUCUGCAGCAGAAAACAUCUCGCCGGACUGGGAUUCCGCUCAUCAUCUCCACCAUCAUUACUACCACCAUCAUCAUGGCCACAAUCAUCAUCACAUCCAUGACCGUGAUCACCACCCCAUCCAGGACAAUCCUCACCUGACUCUAGGCCUAGAUGGACAGAAUUCCAGAAAUGUUCAUGCCAAGACACAUGAUCAAGUGGCCAUGACAAGGAAGAAGAGGCCCACCACAGGAAAAUCUGAUGUGGGGUUCUCUGAUGAAAAUCAAAUCAUCUCAAAGGUCUGUGCAGAUUGCAGAACAUCCAAGACCCCCUUAUGGAGAAGUGGCCCAGCUGGCCCAAAGUCUCUGUGCAAUGCAUGUGGGAUUAGGUAUAGGAAGAGAAGGAGAAGAGCAUUGGAUUUUCUUGGGGAAGGAGGGAAUAUGGGAAUGAAAGAAAAGCAAAGGAAGGAGAAGGUUUUAUUCCUUUUACAAAGGAAAUUUGCAGGGGAAGAAGAAGCAGAAGCUGCUGUUCUUUUGAUGGCCUUGUCGUGUGGUCUUUUUCUCCAUACAUGAAUCUACCUUUCCUGCUUUUGUCUUAUAUCAGCCCAUGAAAGAGAACAGAGGAACUCUAUGGUCCUCCCUCCACCCGAGGAUAUGCACUCCAUACUCGGGAUUUCAGUUCAUGGCCUUAUUUAAGUGGGCCACAUGGUCAUGAUCAUCUAACAAUCUUAACCUUUCAAGUUGGUAAGUUAUCCUGUCCAUUUAUAAGGUCAUCCUUACCGUAGUCCAUCCAACGUGGGUGGUAUCUGAUCAACGGUCUGGAUUACUGAACUGUGGACCCCAGUAGGCUAAACUGAGAUCCUGAGUACACCGUGCAGGUCCUCGGGUCCGGGAUUAUAUGAUUCCUCUGAGCAAUAAGGCACUGACUUUUCUUUUCUUCUUCUUCUUUUUUUUUUUUUUUUUCGGUUACCAGAAAAUGUAAAUCUGAAAGAGGGCCUCUUCAGCCGCUUUAUUACAUAUGAAAUUUGGAUUUUGCAUCUC